UGUAUCACAAUGAAGGCAAACGAAAGUAGGGUCCACAUAUUGCAGCUCAAUGACUAUUGUCUGGAAAAUAUUUUGAAAUACUUGGAAAUGGAAGAUCAUCUAAGUUUCGCAGAGACAUGUCAUUAUUUUCGUGAUGUCUUCAAUCGUUGGGCAAGUAGUUUCUACUAUAUACAUAUUGUGCUUAUGGCCGAGAUAUCUAAGCAUGACUUCAAACUGCUGUCGCUGGUUUAUAAAAAUGUAAAAACAUUAUGUGUUGAUGUCGAUGACCUGAUGCAUUCUUUGAAUAAACACUAUGGCAAUGAACGAAAAUAUUAUUUUAGGCAAUUCUGUAAACUAAUAAUUGGCAUGCAGCAACUGCAGAGUUUAAAGUUAUGGGAAUUCAAUUGUAAAAAACGACAGUACGCUCAGAAUAUAAUAAAAAUGGCAGGAAGUUUACAUCAACUACAACAAUUAGAAAUUUUCGCACACACUUAUUUUGCAGAAUGUGGAAAUAUAAGCAGAGUACUAAGACCUUUCAAGCAGUUGGAAAUACUCACCUUGGACGUAAACUUGAGUUCUAAAGAAUUGCGGAGAUCGUGUCAUUCGAUGCCGCAUCUACGUCAACUCAGUUUAACAUCACGCGUGGAUAGUUCCACUUUAAAGGAUGUUAUUAAGGAUAGUCCCCAAUUGGAGGAACUCAGCUUCUACCUUAAGCCCAAAGCAAAGACGCUCUAUUGUUUCCAAAAGCCAAAAGCUUGUUCUUCCGAAAUACUUCAGAGCUUAGCUUAUAGCCAUGUGAGCUUAGUAUCGCUGGAUAUUAGACACAUAAUAUCGGAUCUGAAUGAGGCUAAACUGUUGGCAACAAUUAGUUCGCUAAAGAUUCUCACCUGUCGCUUUUCGAAUGCCGAUUGUGUGCACUGGUUGAGACAACUCAGUUUGUUGGAAGAACUACGCAUUUCAUUGCUGGAAACUAUCGUUGAUAUGACAGAGAUAUACUUGGAUCUGAUCGGAACGUGCACACGUCUGAGAUUCUUGCGAAUAUUCGAUUUACAUAUAUGCGAAAAUUUUGCCAUUCAAGUGUCAAAAGUGCUAGAAGAAUGCGUGCACAGGCGUCCCUUGGAACUCAUUAUUUACGGAGAUCGUGACUCAACCAUUAUGAGAACAUCAAAAGACAUAGAUAGUUCGCAUUUGAUAUAUAGCCGCAUGAAUGCACGAGAGCUAAUAAAGUGUUUUAACACACACUUGUAAAGAUAGUACGCAAAGAAUGGCUUUCAGACCCAAAGAAAUGUUCGCCUCGUCGUUGACCUCAUUCCGAACAUCAAAAAAACACCUUAAGGCAGAGCAAAAAAAUCUUCAAAGCUGGCAUCAUAAAAACCAAAACAGAUUUCGCAAAUGGCAACAACAUUUUCAAUUAUGCUAAACUUCGAACUGUUAAUUAAAGCUGUCAGAAACAAUUUGGUAAAAUGUUCACUGAAGAGCCCAAAAAACAAUUUAUAAUUAGAAAAUUGCGUAGGAAAAAAACAAAAGCAUUAACAAAUGCAAAUUGUUUACCUGUUAAAUGAGCAAUGUAUGUGUCAAAACUAUUUAGAGAUGCGACACUUUAAUACCCUAUGUGAUAAAACUAAAAGUUACAAGCAUUUUCAUA